UAAGAACACUAGAUGAUACACGCAAGCCAAAAGAGUACGAGGCUAGAAACAAUAUGAAGAUUCAGCCAUAUCACAGCUAUCUUGUUAUUGUAGUUAUUUGGUUGGCUCUUGGGGUGAGAGAAAAGAAUAUGGUAGGCGUAGGCGAUUUGUCACGUGAUCUAUUUACUGAUUGGUUUAAAUUCGUAACUAGCAUCAGGUGAACAAAAUUCAUGCUUUGUUACAGACUGUUAGCUUAUUGUGUCUUUCAAGCACUGUUUAGUGUAGUCAGACCGGGUUGGCCAAUAGUAGAUGACGCAUCAGUAUUAUUGUGAGGUUUUAGAAAAUACAUAGUCGUGCUGCCAACGUAAUUCUACAAACGCAUGUGACGGAGUUUUUGGAUUACCCUCAACUAAUGUCUGCUUACGAUCCAUUUAGUGCUCAUAAUGGAGCUAUCCAUGCUUUUAAUGGAACUGAGACCAUUAGCCGAAUGGUUGUUGAUGGGAAUUACAUUGAUGGAUCAUGGGAAUUAUCUGUUUUUGUUGAAGACUUGGGUUCUAAUGUUUCAGUACGAGUAUUAGGCGACCUACCUCUUGGUGGUUUAAUGCAUAGGAUUGUUGAAAAAGUCAAGUUACAACAAAGUUGGUCAGAUCAUGCUAUUUGGUGGAUUGAUAGAAAUAUUUGGCUUCUUCAUAGCCGUACAACUCUGGAUCAAUACGGAAUUCAGUCAGAUGCCAAAUUAAUGUUUCGUCGUAUGCACAAUGAUCUGCAAAUUGUUUUACCUUCCUUAACUUCUCUUGUACUACGUGUCAAUUAUGCUUCCAGAUUAUUCACUGUAGUCCGUGAUAUAUGUAAAGAAUUAAACAUCCGGCAUUCGGAAGAAUUAUCGUUAACAUUACCUAUUACCAAAAAUAUGCUCAAAACAAAUUGUCCAUUACCAACUAUUCGUCCAGGAUUAAGACGUCCAGGUACAAACUUACCCAAUUCAAGAAAUGAUCAGUCAUCUGCAAAGUCUAAAGUCCAUUCUCCUCCAUCAUCAGUUUAUCCAACAAUGGAUGGACAACAGAUGAAUCCAUAUAACACUUUAGCUUCGAAUGCCGGUACAAUGAUGCGAUUUAAAUCCGAUAAUUCCUUGGACCAAGAACGUCUAGAUUUCGCUCGUUAUGCUGAUUGUUCACUAAGACGUUCUGCCAAAGCAGUGUUCGCUGAUAACUGGUUGAUGAAGCCCAAGAAUUUAGUUCAAAAAGCACGCCUAAAUAGUGGAUGGUUAGAUUCGUCAAGAUCACUUUUGGAACAGGGAAUUAAACCGUCGCCGGUAGACUCUGAUGGCCAAGAACAGUGUAGCCCACCAACUUUGUACCUCUGUUUCAAAUAUUAUACAUUUUACGAUCUUAUUUUAAAGUAUGACUCGGUAAGAAUUCACCAGCUUUAUGAACAAGCUCGAUGGUCUCUUUUGUCUGGUCAGUUUGAUUGUACAGAAGAUGAGAUGGUUGUUUUUGCUGCAUAUCAGCUGCAAGCUGAAUUACAGUCCGCUGCUGUCAAUCAGGCUUUAUGCACUGCUAAUUUCCCUGAUAUCAAUAAUACAAAUCCUUAUUCAACUCUGGGUGUCUGCAGCACAGUAAGUUCCAAUUAUAUAAAUCGCAGUCCUGUGCAUGCAACUUCAAGUCCUGACUUGGCAAAGAAACAUUAUUCCCCUUACUAUGGUCCUGCAACAGGAACACUACCACAGUUUCUCCGGACUUCUGUAUCACCAAUGGGUUCAACUUUUGCAGAUGGAGCAUCAAUUAAUGCACAUAAUAUGAGUGGUGUAGACGAAGUAGAUGAACUCCUUUCAGAAUUAGAACAAUCAUGUGGUGUUACAGAAGAGUCGGAACCAGUAUCACGUGCUUUCCAGAAUGCAAUACGUCCAGCUAGCCGUGACAUGACGGACACCUCUGAAGUGCCGAGUCUUGAGGGUGCAAUCAAAGUGUUCAGAGAUCGUUCUUUACUCUUAAAACGUUACAAGGCGUACUGGGUUGUGAUCAAAGAAGCUCGAUUGUAUUUGUACAGAAAUAAAACACAAACACAGGAGUUUUUGGCUGAGUAUUCACUACGUGACUGUACAGUUAAUCCUGAUGUGAAUGUUGCUCAUCAGAAAUACAUUAUCAAGUUAUCAGUCUUUCCAAUGUUGGAUCAAAAGUUGACUAAUGGAUCUCCAAUUAAUAGUCCAUUGCAACAGUCAACACUUCCUAAAGAACUCUGUUCUCUACGUGAAGAAAUAUGGUUGAAAUUUGACUCUGCUGAACAAUAUGCCUGUUGGCUGGCUGCAUGCCGUUUGGGUUCACGGGGAAAAACACUAGCCAGCAAGUUGGUCUAUAAUAAAGAGGUUGAGGCCACAUUGGAACUUUUAAAACUUCAGAUGCCUGGGCCAUCACCAGCUAUGUCACUUUCUGAAUCUUCAGCUUAUUUAGGUGAUUUAACAGAUUUCUGCAACGACCGUAUUAUUCGGAAGGCACGUUCUAAAGAUGCUUUACGACAGCGUAUUACUGAAGCUCAUGUAAACAUUCGUGAUCUUGGUCUACUGGAAGCUAAACACAAGUAUGUCCAAACAUGGCAAAGGUUGACAGGAUUUGGUCGAAGUUAUUUCAUUGUACAAUUUGAACGUGGAUCAUUAGGGCUGCCAAAUGCAAAUAGCGGAGGAUUAUUUAGUACGCCAAUGGAUGAUAUGAUUGCUAUUUGUCAGGGCCGUAUUGAAGUCGUCUCUCCACAGACAGGUGAAAUUUUGUUGACAUGGAAUUUUGCUGAUUUACGUUCAUGGAAUGUUAAUUGGGACGCAGAAAAAGUAAUCCUAGAAUUUCGUAAUUCACAAGUUUCAUUUCGACCACUAUCAACAAAUUGUAAAACAAUUGUAGAAUUUAUCGGUGGUUAUGUAUUUCUUAGUCAGCGGAAUUUAGAAAAGAGUCAAGAAGUUAAUGAACGCUUAUUUCAUCGUUUGACUGGUGCAAGCGAAUAAUUUUCUUAUAUAUAUGUCCUCUUAUGCAGUUUGUCACUCCCAGUUAUCAGGCAAAAACAAAACCAGAUCUAUAAUUUGAUGAUAAAGCCUACGCCUGCAGUACUAAUGUUUCACUUCUGCGCAUAUUCAAAGGAAUGGAAUUACAUCUUAUUGAAAAAGGUACUUAUUUUUUAAAAUUAAUUCUACAGUAGGCUAAUAACCUAUUCCUAUUAUUGUUAUUAUUAUUAUUACAAGUAUUACCUGCUACUGUCCUGUUUAAGAUUGUUGGUCGCUUUUUUGUUUUGCUUCCGUUAUUGGCUAACUGAUAUAUUUACUAUGGUUGUUUUAAUUUUUUUACAACAGUUUUAAUCAGUAAGCGGAGCGCGCAAUUCACAUUCUUGACUUAAUUUUCCAAUGUUUUUAGCUUACUUCUUUCUGUAUAACAUGAUGACAUAUAUAUUGUGAAUGGCAUAUUGAACUAUUUGGAAUAUGAACAGUAAUAUAUAUAUAUAUAUAUAUUAAAUAUAUUAUUCCAUUGUCUUUCAGAUUAAGCUUUACAAAAUUUUCUGUAACCUAAAAUUUCGCCUUAUUGAUUUUUAUGAGUGAAUCAUUUUGUGUGUUUUUAAAUGUUCAUAUUAUUAGAGAUAUGUGUUGCUUAUGAUCUCUCUCGUCAGCUAAUAGUUCCAAAUGUCUUAUUUUCAUUAAAAUUUCAUUUCAAUACAGUUUCCUACUUAUUGAGAAGACGUUUAAGAUGCAGAACUAACGGUUCUACUAUAGGAGGGUAUUUAAAAUUAAUUGUUGCUUGUUUUUUUUUGGAAUUUCUAGUUGACAAAAUUUUACAGUUUUUUUUCUGCUUAAUAAUGUUAGAAAUUAUCGAUUGAUUUCCUGUUCUAAGAAAUUAGCAUUUGGAGUGAUGUUACUUUGAUUUUUUAUGAUGUCAUAUAUAUCACAGCCUACGAUGUAAUUUGUGCCCUUAUUCUGUAAUCACCAUGGUUUUUGGACUGCUUCCAAGUAAAAAAAAACAAUACAAAAGAGUGUAACUGUGUUCAUUUUUGUUGCGUAAUCUGUCUCAGGCAAGCGUUAAUGUCGUAGUGAUUCCACGCGUAUUCAAUUAAUUCAUUUUAUCAGAGUUAAGAUACUUAAAGGAAAAAGUUGAAUCGUUAGGUUUGUCUUGCGAUUAUAUGUGCAAAUAAGUAUUAGGAAUAACUUUCUGAGUUAUUCGUUUUUUCUUCAAAAGUAGAUGGUGUCAAAAUAGCAAAUAUUUAUCGGUCAGUCGCUUUGGUUAAUGAACAGUUGUACAAUCCAGACGUCUUUUCGUAUUGAACUGGUAACUGGGAGCGUACGUGUUUCAAAUCUGAUAUCCAUGCCUACGUAAAUUUUCUCGGAAUUAUUACGUUUAAUUAAAUUUAUUUAAAAUUACAUCAGUGAACAUAUGAGCCGUAUUGAUUGUCGAUUCAGGUGUGUCUGAGUAGUAUCUGUUUUGUACCCAGUACAUACGUUGUUCACCGGUAAAAUGUUUAAUGUGAUUUAUCGGCAUGCAAACUUGCCUAGAAUCUGCCAAUAGAAACAUGCUUUAUUUUUCAGUACGUGUUAACUAUUAUAUAUAGCUGAAGGCUUCUUCUAAUUCUGACCGAUAAUGAUAAUCAUAUAGUUAGAAUGACUUGACUAAUACAUGUAGUGUUGUCCACUCGCUAAUCUAUUCCCUUUUUUUACUUCAGUGUUUAUUCCAAAUUUCUAUCCUUAUUCAGUUGCUUACUUAGGAUGCCAAAAUCGCUGUAUAUUUUGGUGGAUGCCUCUAUCAGGCUUUUCUGAGUUACCUUCAUUAGUAAAUCUAGUAAAACUGAAGGAUAAGCUUGAUAGUUUUGCCACAUCUAUGUGUAUUUAUCAAUUCAACUGCACCUGCGAUGACAGUUAUGUUGGACGUACUAUUAGACAGCUUAGCCGACGUGUUAGUGAACAUCUCCCAUCUUGGUUUGACAAAGGACAGACAAAAACAAUCCAUAGCUGAAUUCUGUCACAUUUAAUUGAUAGUGGUCAUGUAGUGGAGAGAACGAGAGCCUUCAGAGCAAUUCAUCGUAUCCCACCGAAUCUUUCCAAUAGACUUCGUAUUCGUCUACUGCACACAGCUGAGGCAGGCGAUAGGCAUCGAAUCUAUUAAACCUAAACUAUGCAUUCAAAAAAGUUCGUACAGCCAAUAUCUCUCCCUUGGCCUACUAAGACAUAACCAACUGAUGACUUCUACACCACCCUUUGUUUAUAUUUUCAACCCCUUUCUUAUCAUCCCUUCAUCUUAUCACAUCUUCAUUAUAAACGUGUUUCAUUUACUUCCCUUACAAUCAGUCUAACAUUACUUAAUCGGUUCAUUUGUUUUUACUAGUCUUUAUCGACUGCUUCCACCUGAACAAUCGUUUGUUUAAUCAUACUGUUUUGCUUUAUUCGUGUUAUCACAGAUUGCCUCAUUUUUUCAUCCUUAUUACUGAUAAGACCAUUAUUAUUACUACUAUCAUUACUACUAUUAUGACUAAUUGUACAGUUUAUAUUCACCAUCGUAUUAUCCUAUAGACAAAACACCAUGAUUGGUUUAUAUUUGAAUUUUUAUUUGUAAACUUAUAUAUAUUGGAGUGAAGCCUGAUGAGAUCUAAUUGAAAACAGUAUUGUUCGCUUAAAUGAGUUGUUCUAAAUUUUACUAUGGGAAUAUUUAAUAUAUAAAAA